AUGAGGCUUUCAUUCCUCGCCCUCUCAGCUCUGCUGUCUGCGAUAGUGGCCCAGGACACCACCACUACUGUUACAGAUUACACCAGUGCUGAAAGUACCUCUCCUACCAGCACAAGUUCGCAACCAAUCACGGUAACGGUGGCUGUCGGGAACGGCGGGAAUACUUUCGUCCCAGAUGUGGUUCAAGUUUCGCCUGGGAACUAUGUUGAAUUCAAUUUUUAUCCUUUGAAUCACUCGGUGAUCCGCGCGGAAUACCUCUACCCCUGCGUACCUUAUGAGUUGACAGGUGCGGAUAAAGUGGGAUUCUUCUCUGGCUUCUACCCCGUCGACGCCAUUCUCAGCGACCCACCCAAAUGGACUCUCCUCAUCAACGACACCAAUCCUAUUUUCUAUUAUUGCGGUGCCCAAGGCUCCUGUAUUAACUAUCAGAUGGUCGGAGUGAUCAAUCCCAAUGCCAGCCAGUCUUUACAAACCCAAAAACAAUAUGCCGCAGACUCCACACAGAUGCUGUUACCUGGACAAGGUUGGCCCGAUGAGGAUCCUUCUGCACCUACAUCUACGACGAUUAUACCUUACACAACGACAUCUACUACUUCGACCGUGACUCCGACGCCAACAUCAACAACUUCCUCAGCCACCGAGACUUCCACAGCAAGUGGAUCAGACCAUUCAACCUUGUCAACAGGAGCUAUCGCAGGAAUCGCAGUUGGAGGAGCAGCCGUCGUCGUCGGAGCCGCAGCACUGCUAUUCUUCUGUGGUCGCAGGUCUAGGUCGAAAGGAGAAGGCGGCAGUCAACCAGCCCCCUCUACGCCUGCCAUGGGACCAAUGAACAACCCACCGGCGUAUAUACCACCCAACAACUACGGCUACAUGUCUCCCACACAGAAACAUAUGUCGGUGACCACGGCGUCCUCGACAGAUGCUUUCGGCAACGCAAUCCCGAACGGCGGCAUGUAUCCUUACCCACAGGGCUAUCCACCGCCUCAGCAGACGCCGCAGAACAUGAUGGCGAGCCCUGGCCAACCCCAACCGUCCCCUCAGUGGCCACCGACACCGUCCAACGAUAUUUUCGGUGCUGCGAUCCAACCAAUCCCGGCACCUGGCCCGUAUCCAAUGCACGACACGCAGUAUCCCCGAGCAGGGAGCGGCAUCGUCACUGAGAACACGUCCAUGCGAGCAAGCAGCCCGAAUUCCGUGGCCGGACCGCCGGCUGCAAGUGGCAUUGAAGCCUUCCUGCAGCGCCAGUCGCGCAUGAGUCCCCCGCCAGAGAACGAGGUGCAGCUGCAGCAACAGCCUCCCCCUGUUGUGGCUUCUGGUCCGUUCGAAAUGUCCGCGACAGGGACGAUGCACAGAUACCCGUGA